AUGGUCCGCAACAAGAAACGCUUGUACGUCGCCCUCUACGAGAGUGGCAUCGACGACGACGAUGACAACGACGAGAGAAGAUACUCCUGGGCCCUCCUGAUUGGCCCCAAGAACGAGAAGGGCAGCGAUCCGGUCCCCGGCACGCUGCACCACGUCAUCACGGCCAUGGACCUGCCGUGGAAGUACGAGGAGCAGGCCGUCGUCGACGUCCGGCGGCACCCGGGCCUGCUGUCGCGGAUCAUGGUCGGCAAGAUCGCCGACGAGGCCCGCGCCGUCGAGAUCCUCCGCGCCGUCCCCGACGACCGCGAGGAGGAGGACCCGGGCUGCUGGGGCCCCAGCUCGUGGGUGGGCGCCGCGCUCGCCGCGCUGGUCGCUGACCCGGUCGCCAUGGGCCCGUCGUCGGUUAUGCUGUGGGAUGGCGUCGAGGUCGUUGCCCGGGCCCACGUCAAGAAGAAUAUGGAGGCCGGCCGGUACUCCGGUGAGGAGGAUAUGGACAAGCCUCGGCCCACGUUCGAUUUGAUGACCAGCGAGGAGAUAUGGGAGUGA